AUGCCGGGGGAGAAGGAGACCUGGGACGAGAAGGCUGACAACGGCCUGCUGAGGUCCCGGCUGGACGAGCAGUCCCAGCUUAUCUGCCUGCUGAAGCGGAGAGCCGAUGACACUGUGCUCCGGUGUCAGGGCCUGGAGAGAAUGAACGAGGAGCUGGAGAGGAAGAGCGCCGAGGCGCAGACACUCCUGGCGGCUGAGAGGAAACGAGCAGACCAGCUGGAGGAACGGUUCAGCCUGCUCGCCGACAACCAUCAGGAGAUGAUCCGCUUCAAAGAUACCUACAAGCGGCAGAACGAGGAGCUGCGGGCCGAGUGUGAGCGGCUGAGAGAAGAGCGCCACCCCGAGCUGCUGGAGAGAGAGCGCGUCAUACAGGAGCUACGGGCACAGCUACAGGCGGCCACUGCCCACAUCAACCAGCAGGGGGAGCGCCACACGGAGGAAGUGGGCUCACUGCAUCAGAGACUGGGGGCACUGAAGGAGGAAAUCAAGGACAAGAGCCAACAGCUCCACCUACUGGCCGGGAGGGUAAAGAAAUCAGAAGAAAUGUGUCAACAAGUAAAACAGGAAUUGUCUUGUUCAAUUGAGAUGAGGAAAACAGAGCAGAUGGAAGCUGAAAGAAAAAUGGAGGAGCUGAAUAAGGAGAAAACAGAGCUGCUACAGCUGUGCAUGGAGAGAGGGCGUACUUUACAGGAGCGCCAGAAAGAACUAUCAGAACUAAGUAAUCAUCUACAAGGUGCAGAGAAGCACGGCACGGCGAAAAGCAGAAGAGCGCUAUCAGAGAGAUUUAACAGCUGUGGAUGCUGA